AUGGUGCGAUUGCUGGUUCCUGAAGGCGAGGGACAACUGCCCUCCCUCCUCAAACCGCCUGCCCAAAUUGCCACACAAAGCGACCUCAUCGCAGCACCAUGGAGAGGUUGUGUAGGCGCUGCGGUUGUUACAGGCAGCCUGGCUCUUGUCGGCCGCUCCCGACCUGGCGUGUUUCUCAAAUCCGCCGCCUUUAUCAGCGCCGUAGACCUUACCUGGACAGCAUCUGGGAUAUACGGGCGCCAUGAAUUGAAUCGAGGUGUGUUCAAGAUGGAGAACAUACAACCCAAGCCUGGCAAGCUAUGGGAACAGACCAAGCAAUGGACUUCUGAAGAUAUGGCAUUGGUUGGUGGAGCACUAGGAAUAUUCAUGGCAUUGAAUCCGCGGGCUUUGCCAGGUGCCUAUGGUUUCUCACGAUUCUUUGGAGCGGCUAUGGUUGGAUCUGCGCUUAACGUCAAGACCAGCCAAUCCUUGGUUUUCCGUCAUUCCCCAACACUCCUCCAGCUCUUCGAUCAGACGGUUACUACGGCUCGACAAAAGGAAUAUGAAAAGCUACAGAACGACGAAAGGGCCAGGGCCUCCCUCUCUCGAAUCGGCAAACUCGCGCUCUGGUACCACUCGUCUUCGUUAAUGGGAGUUCUCCGCAGCCCUCUGCAAAUUGGGGGAAUGGGUGGUAUGUCUGGUGGACCGAUCCAAGUGGGGCAUGGAGGGAGUUCCGGGCCUGGUGGUGGCUCAUUGGCUGCACUAAAAGCUGAAAUGGAGAGAGAAACUGUCAUCCAGAUCGAGUUUAAAGAAAACGAACUUGAGGGACCUGAUGUGGAAAACGGAUAUCGUGCGUACAAGGACGAUCUCAAGUCACGAGACGCUAGCAAAGUGCAGGAUUGGUUGGAGCAAGUCCAGGCGCUCAAAAAGCAGGUGGGCGCCGAGAUGCAAUACGUUUGGCCGCACCUUGCACAGAGAGAAGAUGAGUUUUACCAACAUGUGCACGAAGACAGGGAGAAGGAUAUCAUUCGUCGAGAACUACAACUGCUGAACAAUAUGGCUUCUGAUCUGGUAGUUCGGUAUGCGGCCCUUGAGUAUCACGAAUACGAUGCGCAAAAGCAACUGCAACAGAUAACACAAGCAGGUUCCAUGGGUACAGAGCUAGAUGUAGUCUUCCAGGACGUCACAAAGGCGUACAAAACGCCCCAACAUCCAGCGGAAGAUGUCCAGAUGAGCUAUCACGGUCCAAGAACUGUAACGGAACGAAUACGCACAACCUGGUCAAGACAAAAGGAGUUACUACGCCAUCUGGACCAUAGUAUUACCCGGGUUAGAGCCUUCGAGCCCGAGGAAGGGACUCAUGUCGCUGAGCACGUCAAGCGUCUUGUGCAGGAUGCCGAGAUGAUGAGCCGGAAUAUCGAGGCCACUGAGCGAUUGUUGCAAUGGUUUGAGGAGCAAGUACGACAGGCUGACGAGGUCCCGCAAACACACUAUUCCUUCUUCCCGAAUGCCCUUCCGGCCGGACCGCCGCCAGACGGCCCCUUUGCCAUCGAUCUCUCUGCGCUCAAGAAAGAGUUUCUUCAACUCCAAGCCCGCGCCCAUCCCGACCUCCAUCCCCAGGCAGACAAGAAACGCGCCGAAGCCCUCUCAGCACGCAUAAACGAGGCCUACAAAACACUCCAAAACCCGCUUCUGCGCGCGCAAUACCUGCUGUCUUUGCGCGGGAUAGAAGUAGCAGAAGAUGAAACGGCCAAAGUGGACGAUCCAGAGUUAUUGAUGGAGGUGCUCGAGGCGAGAGAGAACAUAGAAGAGGCAGAGAGCGAAGAGGACUUGGUGGAGAUGAGGGAGAGAAACGAGGAGAGAAUAGCGGAGAGCACGGAGAUAAUCGACCAGGCGUUUAAGAGGGAUGACCUAGAUGCUGCCAAGAGUGAAGCGGUCAAGUUGAGAUAUUGGGUCAACAUCAAAGAGAGCAUUGAGAACUGGGAAAAGGGGGUGCCGGUUGUACUGCAGCAUUAG